AUCUCCGCCGUUCCGCUAAAACAGGGAAAAAUCGCCUCGGUUAUCACUAGGAUGUGGCGAAAUCCACUCGUAUAUCUCGGCGGGUGAGUCAACGGGCCGCAGAAAUGGGCGACGGCAGCGUAGUCAGUUGGUUGAGGGCCUUGCGGCACGAGUUCGAGUACUACGAGCCCUACGGACGCGUCGCGCCGGAUUUCCUCGACGCCGAGGUGGACAUGGACGUUGCCGACCCCGUCUACGCCAACCUGUGGGAGUGCUCUUGCGCCGCGCCCGGAAAUCUCGAGGUUAAGUUCGGGAGGGUGUGCCGGCUUAGCACGGUGCUGUGCGACGUAGUGGAGGAGUUCGAGGUGACGCCCGAGCUGUUCGAGAGGCUGAGCCUGGAGGUGGUGACGGCCGACGUGAUGCUGUGGAAGAGCCAGAUACGGUACAGCUGCUACGAGGAGGACCAGCAGGACAUCCUCGAGAGUCAGGACCUGCUCAAGUCCUUCAAUCAAAUCAAAAACGAGAAGUCGGAACAGCCGAACAACCCCAAGUUCCCGAUAUCGGAGAACGACGAAGUAGAAGAUGAUGUCCAGGUGCGACGAAACCAGACCAUCAACGCGUACAGGUUUUCCAAGACCACGGAUUUCGACUUCGGCAGGAAGUGGACAAGCAAUUCCAGAGAUUUCGAGGUAAAGGGACUGACGAAGAUGUUCAUAUCGAGCGAAACGUCGCCCAUCAAGCUAAAGAGGACGGAUACACUCAAAUUCCAGAACGGUAACUUCUACAAGGUGGACGAUAGUUCCAAAAAGUUAAUAAAGUCCAAUGUUACAUUGAAAAGCGCCAGACUCCUAAACAGGAAGGACGUGGACCUACGGGACGCCAACAACUUCUCCUACAUCCUCUUCUUCGACAGUUCGAAAGACGCCAAGUUGUUCCUAGAGAGCGACAAGAUCCGUUGCUACAACGAAAACGACAACAAAUCGACCAUCACCAAAACGCUUCUGCGGCUGCUGGGCAAGCGGUCGAGCAGGGAGCUGUUGGAGAGGAAAGGGAUCUACCAGAACGAACCGAUCUUCGGAAAUACUCUUAGAAAUAUUUAUAAUACCGAGAAAGGCGUCCCGAGAUUCAUCAUAACGACGAUGGAGCUGAUCGAGAGGCCGGAGAACAUAACCAGUCUGGGAAUCUACAGGACAUCAGGCAACCUGGCGACCAUACAGAAGAUCAGGUUCGAAGUCGACAAGGGUCGACUGGGCAUCCUCAACGAGUACUGCAAGGACGUGGACGUGCUGACGGGAUGCCUGAAGCUGUUCUUCAGGGAGCUUAAGGAGCCCCUCAUCCCUUGCGAUGUCUGCGAUAGUCUGCUCAGUGCGACGAAAUCGGAUAAGAAGUAUUCGAAGAAGGACAGGGGGCACAUACGGCAGAUCAUAAGCAAACUACCCGAGGCCAAUUCCGAGACGCUGUACGUGCUGAUCAAGCACCUGAUCGAAGUGGUGAAGUACAAGGAGGAGAACAAGAUGGACACGUACAACCUAUCGGUUUGCUGGGGCCCCACGAUAAUCUUCAUGGCCGACCCGACCCCCACGGCACACACCAAAGACCCCAUGGCGCAAACGGCCGACGCCGCGCGCGCUUUCGACGCCCUGCUGACCUUUUACAUCGACCACCCCGAAGAGCUCGACUUUGGUCGUAACGUUCACGACUACUUAGACAGCAACAGGAACCCAAUCCAGCGACAUGACUCCAAAGAAAGCGUUAGAAGCGUCGACAGCAACACGUCCAAGUCUCAGAAGAAAAGUGGCAGUAACUCGAGCUUGAACGUGGACGAGGUGCUGAAAAAGUCUAUAGAGCUCAUCGAGGCGAACAUCAACACCGAGGGGCUUUACAAGAGAUCGGGUUCCUCGGAGAAAGUCAACAAAAUCGUCAAGAAGAUGAUGAAGAAGAAGGUGGGGGAGCUGGAAAGGCACAAGUUCGACCCCAACGACCUCACCGACUCCCUGAAGAAGUACCUCAAGGACCUCCCCGAGCCCUUGGUGACCCAGGAAUGCGUCGAACAAGUGAACAAAUUCUGUGAUAACACCCCGUGCUUGGAACCGAACAACCGCCAGAGGAUCGCCAGCGUGGUGGAGGGCCUCCCCAAGAAAGACACCUUCGUGUACCUCCUGCGGCACAUAAUCAGAGUGAUGCGGCACGAGCACCAGCACAACGUCUCCAGGACGGACAUGAUCUCCAUCUGGACGUACGUGCUGAACUACCAGAACAAGGUGAUCGAUUCCAACGAGAAGUUCACGAGUUUCCUCAAGGCCGCCUUGAACGUCUUCGACGAGACCAAGCCGGACGCCGUGCCGUCGCCAAAGACCUUCUCCAACGGCCUACUCAACGACCUGAGGAACUACCAGAAGGACAAGGACAGGGUCAGCAAGUACGACAAUGUGCCGGAUGCGGAAGGGAGCACUUUGAGGGAAGCGACGAUUCUGGAAGAAAAGACUGAAGAAGCCGAGUAUACGAAGUUGUGAAUGUAGUUUUUUUUUGUCGGUCGUUGCCAAAUAGAAGAGUUUAAUAAGCGCCUGCUACGAGUAUAUGUAUGAACGCAAUAAUUCCUUGUUAGUUUCAGGCAUUUGUUUAAUAUUAUUAUGUAAGCGCAGUAUUAGCAUAUUCCAUUGAAAAAAUAUAUAUAUCGUUAUACAAAAAAAAAAAUCUGUGAUACGUUGGAGAUGUCAUUCCGUUUUAUUGAUUUUUAAACAGUUUUAAUGGGAGUUACAUUGUUACCGUCUCAGAGUCUUGCUUUUUAUUUUAGGACGUCAGCAGUCGUUAGGAUUAGUGCCGCCGCUCUUUUUUUUUUGUAUUAUAAGUGCCUUUCGUAAAGGUAUGUAUUUAUUCGUAAGAGAUAUAACGUUUGUAUAUAAAGUAUUAUUGGAAUAAAAUUUUUUGGUAA